AUGUCCAACUUCUCGUACCGAACUGCGUUCUGCAUUGGCACACUGCUCACCGUGCUUGCGGUUUGCGUUGGUAUCUACUACGAAAUCCACCUCACUGGACACCUACCAGGGAUAACGCAGGACUACGGCAAGGGAAUCGACGACCUCGUCUCCUCCGGCGAGUACGAACAAGCAUUACCGCAGCUUCAAAUGGCGCUGUUGCUCGACGAUGCGAACGACCCCGAGGUCUUGCGCCUGCUGGGCGAUUCCUAUUCUGCCCUCGGCAACAGCAAAGAGGCCGUUCGCCAUUACGAACAGGCGCUCGGCUACGAACCAGAAAGCCCUCUCCUGCAUUAUCGCCUGGCCCUCGCGUUCGAAGCUGACGGAGAUCCCCAACAGGCGCUCGAGCACCUGCGCCGCUCGGCCGAACUGGCACCGGACAACGCAGACACUCAAGGCCGACUGGGCAUUCUCCUUCAUAAACAGGGGCAGUUAUCCGCGGCUGCGACGGCGUAUCGUCGCGCGCUGCAAAUCAACGAAAACCUCCCUCAAGUGGCCAACAACCUGGCCUGGCUGCUAGCAACCAGCCAAGACGAGUCGAUCAGGAAUCCCACUGAAGCCCUGCAUUGGGCGACAGUGCGCGCCGAAGCGAGCGAUUUCAGCGAGCCCUCGGCGUUGGACACGCUGGCGGCUGCCUACGCGGCAAACGCGCAGUUCGGCGAAGCAGUCCGCUGGGAACAAAGAGCCAUUGAACUGGCCUCCAGUGAUGCGAAGGCAGCAAUGCAGAAACGGCUCGCGCUCUACCAGGUCCGGCAGCGGCUUCGCAGCUUGACCACGUGGUGGGGGCUCGUCGGGUUGCUGUUGGCCGUCGUCCUGUUGGGCCUGCCCGCCGCCAUCGUGCUUUUCGUCUUCGCCAGUUUGCAGGGGCUGCAAGAGUAUCGACGGCUGGUCCAUUCGCGGGUCACCAACGAGCGACUCUGGGGCUGGGCCUUUCUCGCGAUUCCCGUCCAUUAUGGAAUCGCAUCCCUGGGCGUCUCCUGGCUAUUUUUCACCUACAUCCCCGUGUGGGUGUUCGUCAUUAUCAUGAUCAGCCAAGUGUUGGUGGGCAGAACAAGCGAAUUCCUCGAGCAGGCGGGCAACGUCUUCCUGGGCCUGAUGCUCAUCGUGUUUCUGCUGUCCCAUGCGGCUCUACUCAUGACCUUACCAAAAGAUGCCCUUUUUCCGGCCGGGGUGGUGGGACUGUUCGUCUAUUUGAUCGUCCUCACCGAAUCGAACGACAUCGCCCAAGCAAUCUGGGGUCGCCGAUUCGGCCGCAGGAAAAUCGUCCCCCGCGUUUCACCCAACAAAACCUGGGAAGGGCUGCUUCUGGGAGCGAGCACCACGAUAGCCCUGGCCGUGUUGCUGGCUCCGCUGCUCACGCCGUUUGUCGAUAUCCCCGAAAAGGUUCACACCUUCGGUUUGACCAUUCCCUACCUCCCGGCAGUCGUUGUCGGAGCACUCAUCGCCGGCGGUGGGUUCUUCGGCGAUAUCACCAUCUCCGCCAUCAAGCGCGAAGUGGGCGUGAAAGACAGCGGUACAUUGCUGCCAGGGCAGGGGGGCAUGCUCGAUCGGGUCGAUAGCAGCGAACAAAACAAAUCGCUGUUCAACGUUCCUAACACGCUGUGCACCAUCCGGCUGGUUGGGUCGCUGGUGAUGCUCGCCCUGACGUGGACCGACCUGAGCAGCGGAUAUUUUCUGGCGAUGAUCAUCUUCCUCCAGUCGACCGACUGGGUCGACGGCAAGCUGGCGAUCCUGCUCAAACAGCAAACCAGCUUUGGCGCCAAGCUCGACAGCGUGGCCGAUGCCACCUUCUACGGCUCCACACUGCUGGUCACCUGGUGGCUCAAGGGCGAUGUACUCCAGCAGGAAUGGCCCUGGAUCGCCGCUGCCCUGGGGGCCUACGCGCUGAACAUGGCUGCCGCGUUCGCCAAGUUCCAUCGACUGCCCGCCUAUCACACCCGGAUGGCCAAGACGGGGUGGCUGCUGAUCAGCAUCGCCAUCAUUGCCGUCUACACCGAUUGGUCCAUCUGGCCGCUGCGCAUUGCCACGGCCGCGGUCUGUAUUACAAAUCUGGAACAAACGGUAAUCACGUUCGCCCUGCUAAGUCCGCACGUCGAUAUCCCUUCGCUGUACCAUGCAUUCAAGAUUCGAAGAGAACAACAGAAAACCGUGGGGGCCGCGGUCCUCCGCAGCGCGCACGAUCUUUCCCCCGAUGCGGUCGUGGUCAGCGGCGACUUCACGCAACGCGCCCGACGUGAACAGUUCGCCGAAGCUCGCGAGUUCAUCGACAAGUUUCCCGACGUACCCAAGAUUGUCGUGCCGGGCAAUCACGAUGUACCGUUGUAUCGGGUAGGGGAACGCUUUUUCGAUCCGCAUGCGUUGUACCGUGAGUACAUUCAGGAAGACUUGAAUCGCGUCUGGCAUCUCGACAAGGCCGUCAUCGCGGCCAUCGAUUCCACGGCUCCCCGUCGGGCCAUUUCCAACGGCCGCAUCACGAACGAAACACUCGACUUUUGCGAAGAAGCCUUCAGCAAUGUGCCCGAUGGCCAUGUGAAAAUCGUGGUGGCCCACCACCACUUCAUCCCUGCCCCUGACUACGUACACGACCAGACCAUGCCCAAGGCAAAACGCGCGAUGAAUCGCUUCAUCGAUCUGGGCGUGGAGAUGAUCCUCGGCGGUCAUUUGCACCGCGCAUACAUCGGCAACUCGUUGGACAUCUAUCCGGGUAAGCAUCGGGAACGCGGUGCCAUCGUCGUCCAGUGUGGAACCACCACCUCGCGUCGCGGACGAGGUCGCGAGCGGCAGAAGAACUCGUUCAAUCUCAUCAAGAUCGGCGAGAGCAUGCUGCGCGUGACGCACUACAUGUACUUCGAAAACCUCGAACGCUUCUCACCCGUGAGUCGCCACAUCUUCCCUCGCCCCGGCCAACCCUUCGUCGAAGGCAUCUUGCACGAAUCGGACUGA